AUGCUCGCGUCUGCCGCAGCUGCACCCCAGCCGCUGCCCUCCUCGCCGCUGAAGAUCACGUUGCGCGAGUACCAGGAAGAAUGCAUCCAGUCGGUGUUGGCCUACCUCGCAAAGGGCCACAAGAGACUGGGCGUCUCGCUGGCCACCGGAUCCGGCAAGACAGUCAUUUUCACCCACCUCAUUGACAGACUCCCCGCCAGCGGAGAUGCCUCCCAAGCGCUUAUAUUGGCCCACCGCCGCGAGCUGGUGGAACAAGCCGCCCGUCACUGCGCCCUCGCAUACCCCGACAAGCACGUUGACAUUGAGAUGGGCAACAACCAUGCAUCUGGGGCCGCCGACAUCACCGUCGCCUCUAUACAGAGCAUCAUGUCGGGUGACAGGGUCGUCAAAUUUGAUCCAGCUCGAUACAAGCUGGUACUGGUCGACGAAGCCCAUCACAUAGUGAGCCAGCAGUAUCUCGACCUGCUCAAGCACUUUGGCUUGCGUCAUGCUGCCGACUGGAACAAGGUCUCGGUCCCUGCCCUCGUCGGUGUCUCUGCAACCUUUUCAAGAUUCGAUGGCCGCAAGCUUGGCACAGUCAUUGAUCAUAUAGUAUACCACAGGGAUUACGUGGACAUGAUCGAGGAGAAUUGGCUUUCCGACGUCGUCUUCACCACAGUCGAAAUCAAGGCGGAUCUGAACAGAGUGAGCACUACUGCAAAUGGCGACUUCAAAACCGCUGCCCUGUCACGCGCCAUCAAUACUGAACACACCAACGAUCUCCUGAUCAAAGCGUGGCUGGCCAAAGCGAAAGGACGUAAUUCCACCAUCGUCUUCUGCGUCGACCUCAGUCAUGUUACAAAUUUAACUGCCAAAUUUCGCCAGUAUGGUAUCGCCGCCGAAUUCGUGACUGGCGAUACCCCAAGCCGGAUCCGUAGUGCUAGGGUUGAUGCAUUCAAAAGAGGAAAUUUCCCAGUACUGCUCAACUGCGGUGUCUUCACAGAAGGUACAGAUAUUCCCAACAUCGACUGCGUCCUGCUGGCACGACCUACCAAGUCGCGUAACCUGCUAGUGCAAAUGAUUGGACGAGGCAUGCGCUUGCAUCCUGGCAAAGAAAAUUGUCACAUUAUAGACAUGGUUUCAGCUCUGAGCACUGGCGUCAUCUCUACGCCAACAUUGUUCGGUCUUGACCCUGAUGAGAUUAUCGAGAAGGCUAGCACUAAAGAUUUGAUGGCGCUGAAAGAACGGAAAGAAGGGGAGAGCAAGCGAGAGAAAGAAGCAGCUGACAUCGCUGCAAGAUCUCUUUCAGCGAAGCCUUCCGGUUCCAUUACCUUCACCGAUUACGAUUCCGUGCAUGACCUGAUCGCAGAUACCUCGAGCGAUAAUGUAAUACGACGAAUGAGCGAGUUCGCUUGGGUCGCCGUCGGUGAGGAUAGGUUUGUUCUGUCUACCAAUGGCGGUCACUACCUCGCCAUUGAACCUACCGGUGAAGAUGGUCAGUCUUUCCGUGUAAAGCACUACCGGAAACUCCCGUCAGGUGUCCAAUCUAAAAGCCCCUACGCCACCCCCAAGGUCGUCGCAGAAGGUGACACCUUCGAACAUGUCGUUCAUGCGGCAGACACUUUCGCCGCAGAAGCCUUCGAGUUCAUAUGGAUUUCCGAAAACCAACUCUGGCGCCGAAGCCAAGCGUCUCAGACACAAGUUGACUUUUUGAACAAAUUUCGUCCGGAAGAAGAUCACUUGAAACCGAAGGACCUUACCAAAGGAAAGGCCGGGGACAUGAUCACAAGAAUCAAACAUGGGACGAAAGGUAGAUUCAAGAAAGCGCAUGCCAAGCAAAAGAACGCCUUGAAAAUACAAGAAAGAGCCAGAUCGCUGCAAGGUCGACUUCAGGGCGAGAUACGGAUUGGUCCCUUGUCCGCGGACACCUUCCGAGGACUCUCCAAGUGA